GACGAGGGAGACGUCACGUGAGGGGUGGGUGGGCGGCGGCGGAGGAAGAUGGCGGGGUGCGGGGCCCCCUGGUGGUGCUGCUGCUGCCCGUGCUGCGGGGAGAGGGAGAGCCGCACCCCGGAGGAGCUGACUAUCCUCGGGGAAACACAGGAAGAAGAUGACGAAAUUCUUCCACGCAAGGACUAUGAGAGCUUGGAUUAUGACCGGUGUAUCAAUGACCCCUACUUGGAAGUACUGGAAAGCAUGGACAACAAGAAAGGCCGGAGGUAUGAAGCGGUGAAGUGGGUGAUGGUUUUCGCCAUUGGAGUCUGCACUGGACUGGUGGGUCUAUUUGUGGAUUUCUUUGUGCGACUCUUUUCCCAACUCAAAUUCCAUGUGGUACAAACCUCGGUGGAGGAGUGCAGUGAGAAGGGCUGCCUUGCCAUGUCGCUGCUGGAGCUGCUGGGGUUUAACCUGACCUUCAUCUUCCUUGCCAGCCUUCUUGUCCUGAUCGAGCCCGUGGCAGCUGGCUCUGGAAUUCCGGAGAUUAAAUGUUACCUGAACGGAGUGAAGGUGCCAGGGAUAGUCCGUCUCCGGACACUGGUGUGCAAAGCUCUGGGAGUACUCUUCAGCGUAGCCGGAGGACUCUUUGUAGGGAAGGAGGGCCCCAUGAUACACAGUGGCGCUAUUGUGGGGGCUGGCUUGCCUCAGUUCCAGAGCAUCUCCUUUAGGAAGAUCCAGUUUAACUUUCCCUAUUUCCGAAGUGACAGGGACAAAAGGGACUUUGUAUCUGCAGGGGCCGCUGCGGGGGUUGCUGCAGCCUUUGGGGCCCCAAUCGGGGGCACUCUGUUCAGCUUGGAAGAAGGUUCCUCCUUCUGGAACCAGGGGCUCACGUGGAAAGUGCUCUUUUGUUCCAUGGCUGCUACCUUCACUCUGAACUUCUUCCGCUCCGGGAUUCAGUUCAGAAGUUGGGGAUCUUUCCAGCUACCUGGGCUGCUAAACUUUGGGGAGUUCAAGUGUUCUGACUCUGAUAAAAAAUGCCACCUCUGGACGGCCAUGGACUUGGGGUUCUUCAUUAUGAUGGGGAUUGUAGGAGGCCUUCUUGGAGCCACCUUCAACUGCCUGAAUAAGAGGCUGGCGAAAUACCGCAUGCGGAACGUACAUCCAAAGCCGAAGCUCGUCAGAGUCUUGGAGAGCCUGCUGGUGUGUCUAACAACCACCGUUGUGGUGUUCGUAGCGUCCAUGAUUCUAGGAGAAUGCCGGCAGAUGUCUUCCACCAAUCCUAGUGGCAACAGCACUCUGAGCCUUCAGGGCUCUUCAUCGGAGGACGUGAAUUCAAGCAUCAAGACGUUCUUCUGCCCUAAUGAAACCUACAACGACAUGGCAACGCUCUUCUUCAACCCCCAGGAGUUAGCCAUCCUGCAGCUCUUCCACCAGGAUGGUACUUUCAGCCCAGUCACACUCUCCCUGUUCUUCCUUCUCUAUUUCUUACUGUCCUGCUGGACGUAUGGGAGCUCUGUGCCCAGUGGUCUCUUUGUACCGUCGCUGCUUUGUGGGGCUGCCUUCGGACGCCUGGUCGCCAACCUCCUCAAAAGCUACAUUGGGCUGGACCACAUCUACUCGGGGACCUUUGCGCUGAUUGGUGCGGCGGCGUUCCUGGGAGGCGUGGUCCGCAUGACGAUUAGCCUCACCGUUAUCCUGAUAGAAUCCACCAAUGAGAUCACGUACGGGCUUCCGAUAAUGAUCACCCUGAUGGUAGCCAAAUGGACAGGGGAUUUCUUUAACAAGGGCAUCUAUGACAUCCAUGUGACCCUGCGAGGGGUGCCGCUGCUGGAGUGGGAGACGGAGGUGGAAAUGGACAAGCUGAGAGCCAGUGAUAUCAUGGAGCCCAACCUGACGUACGUGUAUCCCCACACCCGGAUCCAGUCACUGGUCAGUAUCCUCCGCACAACGGUCCAUCACGCCUUCCCUGUGGUGACAGAGAACCGGGGGAACGAGAAGGAGUUCAUGAAGGGGAACCAGCUGAUCAGCAACAACAUUAGAUUCAAGAAAUCCAGCAUCCUCACCAGAGCUGGAGAGCAGCGCAAGCGGAGCCAGUCCAUGAAAUCUUACCCCUCAAGCGAGCUGCGCAACAUGUGUGAUGAGCACAUUGCACCAGAGGAGCCGCCUGAGAAGGAGGAUCUGCUGCAGCAGAUGCUGGAGAGACGAUACACUCCCUACCCCAACCUGUACCCAGACCAGUCCCCCAGUGAAGAGUGGACCAUGGAGGAACGCUUCCGACCUCUGACGUUCCACGGCCUGAUCUUACGCUCGCAGCUGGUUACCCUGCUCGUCCGAGGAGUCUGUUACUCUGAGAGUCAGUCGAGCACCAGCCAGCCUCGACUGUCGUAUGCCGAGAUGGCUGAGGAUUACCCCCGUUACCCCGAUAUUCAUGACCUGGACCUCACGCUGCUGAACCCCCGCAUGAUAGUGGACGUCACCCCUUACAUGAACCCAUCUCCCUUCACGGUGUCCCCUAACACCCAUGCCUCGCAAGUCUUCAACCUGUUUAGGACAAUGGGGCUCAGGCACUUACCAGUGGUGAAUGCAGUGGGAGAGAUUGUUGGAAUAAUAACUCGACACAACCUGACUCAUGAAUUUCUGCAGGCAAGACUGAGACAGCACUACCAAACCAUCUGAGCCUGCUGUCGGUAUGGCUUCCUUCUUCCUCCAAGCCUGCACAUGCCCUCGCUUUCUGCUUGGAUGCCCCAUGACCAAGGACAUGAUGGAUGGCUUCUCUCCCACGCAGUCUGGGGACCAGAGAACAUCUCGCUGGCAGAGAGUAGAGGAGCUAUCUGAGUCCAGAGCCUCUGGCCAGCCCCAGAGAGGUGCUGCUUUGACUGCUCUUGGCCAGAAUGCUGUCUUCUCUCCUGCCGUCUCCUUUCAUCAGAAGUUGCCCCGAGGCUGCUCUUCCUAUAGAAAUGCCUGCAGUUUGGAGGGUAACAAUAUCGCCAGCUACGCCAUGUCCCACGUGGAGGAGUGCAGCAAAUUUCCCCUCCCUUCUCUUGUUGAUUUCUUUUCCCUUCCCAGUUCUGCUAAAGUAGUUGCCUUACUCGCACGAGAAGGGGUCGUUGUCAAAGCUGAGAUCACCCCCUGCAAUUUGCUAAUAUCCUCAAACACUAAAUUGCUGGUUAUUCUCAGUGGCAUUAAAACUACACCUCCUUGGGGGGCGUGGGGAAUUUUUCUGCCAUCAGGAACUCUUAAUUGCCCAGGUUUUUCACUCUGGCUUCAUGGUUUUUCAGUUCAGUUCUUAAAGCUCCUAAUUUCUUAAUGUCCUUCGGUGCUGGAAUCCCUGCUAUGGAUUAGUCUGACAGCAGCUGGCUGCUGAGAGCAUCUGGGCAAGUCAAGAAUCCAAAACAGCUUGGUUCUAAUUACUGUUCUGGAUUAGAAACCCUUAAUGCCCCCACAAAACAACUCGGAAGAGAGAAAUCCCGUCAACCUCAUCAGCUGUUGCCAAUGAUUCCCCUUAGAAGAGAAGUCUUUUAUAAGGCACUCUUGUCCCUUCCUUGUAAUGCUAUGUUGCGCCUCUUUGGAGCAUUAUGUAGUGCCCUCCCACAGAGAUCCAGUGAUAAGAGCCUGGUUUCACUCGGGGGUUAAGGAUUCCAGGGGCAUCUUUACAGUCAGGGCUGUGGAGAUGGAGGAAAUCUCUUUUCUCGGCCCGGCAAGCCCCAAGCUCACUACGGGGAAGAGCAUGAGCGUUACUCCUCCAGCUCCAAUUCAGCAGCGACAGCGGCAGGGUUGGCUUCUGUCGGCUUCACGGAAAGAGAAGGUGCAAUUCAUGCUGCGGCCAGCCAGAAGGGGCUCUGGGAGGUUGAGACUGCCAGCCAGCGCUCCGCAGAGCAGUUAGUGGAAGGGCUUUUGGCAGCUCUAAGAGCACUUGGGAUGUUUCUUGCAACCGCAGAAUCACCUGCAGGGAAAAGUCAGCAUUUAGGAGCCAGUCACAGCCAGUCUGGUGCUCUGGCAGGUACCAUCCUGGCAGCACCUGUGUCAUUCCAGCAGGCUCCUGCCCUUGUGGGUUUUGCAUUCAGAUAACUGUGGGAAGCCAGCUUCAUGCCUUCAGGGGCUACAGAACUGAUUGGCUUGAUAAAGCACAGAGCAUUCUUGCUUCCUCUGAGACUGGCCCAGCUAACCUGUGGAAUGCAUCCCAGGAAAGGUUCCCCACAGCCCUCUCACCAGCCCUUCGGUUAACCUGUUCCACGCCAUACCGGGCUUUAGCUAGCCGUCAAAGGAGCUGCUGUUUUAGGAGUCUGUUUUAUUUUAAAACUGAGCCAUCUUGAGGGCUCUUCCUUCCAAGCAUAGAGGGAUUGCAAAACCUGUGUUUUCACAUGUCCAUUGCAGAGUCCGUGAUCUGCAAGCUGAGUUUGUCCGGGGAAGCUGUGUGUUCCCGUGCUGGGCUGUGGCUGAGGUUGCUGUGCUCUGACUUCUCUAAGGUAACGGGUAGCGUGCACAGAACACAAGUGCCACACACUGUACCCUUCAUUAAGCAAGUCUCUUUUGGUAAUUGGUGAAGCUUUCCCCUGCAGACCAGGUUGCGGGUGGCUGAGUUGGUACAGGGAGAUCCGGUCUCUGGGGGUAUCUACACCAUACAAAGAACCAGAUCAUAGGAGUUUGUGUUGUAGAUAGGAGAUAAUUCUGUCGUAUCUACAUUACAGCCUGUAACCAGCAAAGGACGAAAGAAGGUCCCCUGACUCCAUUCUGACAUAUAUAGUGGAGAAAGGCCCCCCCUGCGUAUAGGGCAGGGCUCAGCUGCAUAUUGGUUUAUUCACUUUGGAGAUUUUCUUUAGUCACUUCCAAUGAAAUUUUGCAAACCCUUCCCUGGGUCUCAUCUUUCCCCCCCUCUUACGAGACUGGCAGCAGACUUCCUGUGAAGCCCUGCUCCUUCCUGAUUCUGGAGCAGAGGUCUUGGCCCUCCUUGCAUAUCCUGCUAAGUGGAGAGGGAGGAGCCUUGCUACAUGUAGUGCAAAACUUCCCUUCAGCAAGUGACUUUCACCCUCCUGGGUCCAUCUGGUUAUAGCAAGUACCAUCCAAGUUCUGCAUUCCAGCCCCAGGUGGGGUCCUGUGUGACCAGCAUGCAUGGAACAGGUUCCUCACACCUUCCCCCCCAGUUUGCGUCAGUUGUUCAGUCUCCUCCACCAUUCCAAAUAGCAUGUGUGCUCAGGAGAACCUUCCAGGGUAGCCCGAAUGGUGGGUGUUGAUCCUUCAGCUCCCCAGAGUGAAGUAAAGGCAUCUUCCCAGGGCCAGCACCUAUCUUGUACUCCUUCCAUUUGGGUUCCAUAGCUGUGGUGGGAGUGGCACCCUCGUACUUCUCUGAGCCCAUCUGAAAGAUGGCUCAGUCCCAGCUGUCCAUGCAGUUCUUCAGGGAGAUCUUUGGUUAAUAGAGUCUAAAUGACUGUCAAGUGGGUUGACUUUGGCUUCUGCUUUUGACUUUUAGGGGGUGCCUUGUUCUACAUAAGUGGACUAAGGGUCUUCAGCCUGUUUCACCUAUAUCUAGAGCGGGCUUGUCAGUAACGUGCUUUCCCUAUGCUUUGGGGCAGGAGGAGCACUGGUUUCCAUAGCUGGAAAGAGACUGAACUGGUCCAAGAAACUCCAGGACAUAUCCCCUCCCCCAUUCUCCCCCAAGAUGAACUGGAAGUUUGAAAUAUACUUGUUGCACUAGCUUCCGUUCCAAAGGGUUCUGGCACCUGGACAGUCCCAACAUGCAGUAAAACAAUCACACUUCAUUAGGGUUACCUUUAGAGUUCGGGCAUUUAAGGCACAAACCACAAGAUGCAGCAGCCCUGUACUCCCUCUAUCUCUUCAUAAGCCCAGUGAGAGAUCCGGUCCCUCCCGCUCUACUCAGUUGCUAUGUGAGAGUUCACUUACCUCCCCCCACCCACUAAAAUAGGGCUUGUUAACUCUGUGUCGGUCGCCUUUGCCCGUCAUGUCCUGUUUAUUCAGUACAGAAGUCAUGGCAGUAUAUUUUGCCACACCAUAUCUUGGCCUCAUUAAUGAGUCAUGGAGCUGGGAGCCCCAGGCAAGCCGAGCUGAAACAUCUUGCUCAGGUAUGUCUGGGCACUAGCCAUGCCUUACCUUGCAAAGGCUGCCGGACUCCACUCUGUGCUCAGCUGCACCUGCUCUGCCUAAGCAUCCAUCUUACUAAAAACCUAGAGCUGGAGGAAAGCAGUUCCUUUCACUGCUGCAGCCAGGAGAACAUAACUGGCCCUGUGGCACUCUGCCAGCCGCUUUAAAGGGAAAUCCACAAAUGUGCUCACCAGGUGUGCUCAACAGUAUUGUAUGUGGCCCAGAGCAGGGCAAGUUCCUCUUUCAGAAACGAAGGGGGUCAUGGAUGCUCUUCUCUGAGUGGGGUUCUGAGAUGCAACACAGCCGGGGCUCUCGCGUGUGCCACUUACGAGGGGUGCAAAGGAUCCCGGAUCCUCUUCUCAGCCAAGACUGCUCAGACAGCCGACCACUGAACUCCCUUCUCGCAAACCUUAACUGCUUCUGGUCUGGCACCGAUUGCUAAACAGCUGACAAAGAAACUAUACAGGUGCCUGUAAUUCUUAUCAGAGUAACACUAAGGGAGAGCGUCCACGUAGUGGAUCAGUAUUGAUGUCAAAAGCUCAGGACAGUAGAGGGGGCUGACUCCUGCUUCCUGGGUUCCUGUGCAGUGUUAACGCCGGGUAGCAAGUCUUAACUCCUCUGUACUAUGAGCCAUGCCAGGGCAGCCACUUAUUUUGUUUUUGUUUUGUUUUUUGCACUGUUUUUUGUUACAAGAUGAUGUAAGCUAAUUCCACGGUGUAUAUAAACUGUAUUUUUGUUAAAUUUGUAUGAAUAUAUUUUUUAUUUGAACUUUGGCACUUGGGAUGUCAUCCUGUAACCAUAACAUGUCUGAGAGUAAAAUGUCAUUGUGUGUCCUUCUGCACCUGCUGGGCUCUGGGAUUUUCUUCCUCCCCGUUGUAUGGUUUGUUUAAAUUUUGUUUUUGACUUUUUUCAUCCCAAUAAUAAAAAUGGUCCAACAGCCUUA